AUGGAGGAAGAGACAGGAGGGAAUGGCAAUGAUGGAACGGCAACGAUGGAGGAAGAGGCAGGAGGAAGCAACGAUGGAGGAAGAGGCAGGAGGAACAGCAACGAUGGAGGAAGAGGCAGGAGGGAACAGCAACGAUGGAGGAAGAGGCAGGAGGGAACGGCAACGAUGGAGAAAGAGGCAGGAGGGAAGCAACGAUGGAGGAAGAAGCAGGAGGGAACAGCAAUGAUGGAGGAAGAGACAGGAGGAACGGCAACGAUGGAGGAAGAGCAGGAGGGAACAACGAUGGAGGAAGAGGCGGCAAUGAUGGAGGAAGAGGCAGGGAGGGAACAGCAACGAUGGAGGAAGAGGGCAGCAACAGGAGCAAUGAUGGAACAGCAAUGA